AUGCCUAAAGAACCACCCAACAAAAAACCGAAGCUGGUGGACCUUCAGAGUCCUACUGCCAGAGACGAUGAACCUGGGGAGACGUCACAAGCUAGUGACAAUGUUCAGAAAACGACUGCUGAUUUAAUUAAGAAAGAAGCUGAAGAGGAACCCUCAAAAGAUCUGGAGCAGAAAGCUGAAGAGAAACACACUUUCCUGUUUCGUUUAAACUACAAGACAUUUUUAGUGGCAUGUAAAACAUCCAUGACUGUGCUUGAGGCUCUUAAUACAAGCAAACAAUUCAGGGAUGAAAAAGACAAAAAGAAGAACAUGCAGAAAGAAAUACUCAUCCAAAGAUCCAAAGGAGAAGUUCCUAGAGCUGCUGUGAAGACUGAUUUCCCCUGCUGUCUUAUUGAAAAAGAGGAGACCUUAGAUAUAACCUUUGUCCAAAAGGAUAGAAAUAGUUCUACAAAUCAACAAACAACUGCAGAUCCUUCACUCCUCAGUAAAAGAAGUAAACCUGAAGCAUUAGUCACCUUUUGGGUUGAAAAAGGAGGAGGACCAACAGUGACAUGUUUACUGAAGAGCGAAGCUUUGAGGGAAAGGGUUCGUUAUGUUUGUGUGUUUGCAUUCAAAGGAGAGAACGUCAAAACUGCUCUUAAACGUGAUGGACGAUUCAACAAUGUCAUUUUCAGUAAAGACUGUGGACUUUCUGAGAUUAGUACAGAGACAAUACAUGAAUUGUCAAUGCCUGUGGAGGUUCUUGACAGAAAGUCUUUCCAGGUAGUUGUUAUCAGUGACAAUCAACCGGAGAGUUGGGAUGAUGAGAUUCAUGUCAAAACUGAGCCUAAUGAAGCUUCAGAUUCUGACGCGGCAGAAAAUGCUGGCCCAAGCCAGAAUCCCAUCAACACUGAGCAAGAAAAAAAACAAGAUGGAAACAUGACAAAUUCAAACAAUGCCUCAACUAAGUGGUAUGUAGUUAAAUGCUUAGACGAAUCUAAAGAGAUUCUGGGAAUUCUGCGUGGUCAGUUUAAAGAUUUACUGGAGACAUUAAAGAAGCGAGGGAAACAAGAGAACAAGUCACUGGUCCAAAUAUUCAGAGAAGAAUAUCAUAAAAGUGUUGCGAAUUUUUCAGAGGUGAGGAAAGUGAAGGAGCUCAUGAGACUCUCUGACUCUGUGUGUCAGAUUCGAGUCGGGGAGUCUUGUGAAGGAACCGGCUUCUUACUCUUCAAGAUUCAAGAUUCAAGGUUCAUUCUCACUAAUGCUCAUGUUAUUGGAGAAUAUGUCCCUUUCUCCAUGGAGCUUACAAAGACCUUCACCGCAGUAUUUCGAUAUGAAGGUGUGGAAGCAAAGGAGACCAAGUACAUACAAGUUAAAAAACUCAUAGCUUGCUUUCAUGGGAUAGAUGAGAGUGGAAGGUAUCUUGACUAUGCUCUUCUUGAAUUGGAUUCUGUUGAUGAAAUUGGGGAGUAUCCUGAAUUGCUCAGUUGUUACAGUCCAUACCCUCCUAACAGAGGUCAGAUCUGCAUUGUGGGACAUCCAGGAGAAGGGGUCAAGAAAAUGGACCCCUGUUUCAUCAUUGAGAGAGAGAAUCGACUGGAGGCUGCAAAUAAACAUGCAUCUGAAAAUGCCCAUCUCAUUAAUGUUAUGAUGGAGGUGAAAUCGAAACAGAAAUGGGACUUCUCAAAAUAUGAAAACAAGAUUACUUAUGACUCUUGUUUCUUUCAUGGAUCUUCUGGCUCUCCAGUUUUUGAUGUAGAUUGCAAUCUGAUUGGCAUCCAUACUGGUGGCUAUGUGUACAAAGAAGAAGGGCCUAAAACUUGGAGCGUUAUGGAAUACAGCUUUUCCAUACAGCCCAUCCUGGAUAACAUCAAAGCACAGGCUGAGGCUAAAGGUUUGCAUGAUAUUGUCAAAAUCUUAGAGCCCUACACCAAAAAAGAUCCAGAGAAUAAGUCCGACGUUGUGAUGGCUGAUGCCAAAGACUCUGAAGAGUCUUGAAUGGAUCUGUCCACAUGUCUAUGCUGCUUUUUACUCUCUGUUUCCAUAAUUUUUGACAAAUGUCAAGUCAUGUAUCUCACCUGUGGCUGUGGGUGUUUGUGGAUCUGACAUGUGCAAAGACAGCAGCAAAUGGACAUUAUUCAUUUUGCAGAGACUAAAGAUACAGUUAUUUCUUUAUUGUUCAUUCACAGUUCAUUUAUUUUAUUUACAUUGUUAUUCAUACACACCUGUGUAUUUGAUAUAUUCAUUAACAUCUAUUUUUUAGAUAAUAUUUUUACUUUACAUUUGUGUUGAGGUUUUAUGCUGAUUUUACAUUGAUUUAUGAUUAUUUUGCUUUUGUUGUAAGCAAUCAUAUUCAGUCAUCCACAUCAGUCAUCUCUGAAUCACACAAAUGCACUAAAUGAAUCGAUUCCACCGAAUUGCUGUAAUAUUAGACAAGAAUACACAGCUACAAGCAAAUGUGUAUCUCCACUACAAUAAAUACAUUUAGAAACAUUUAGAGUUUAUUAUUAAAGGGUAAUUUCAGCAGUUCACUGUUCUUCAUGCUUUCAUGAUGAAUUUAGCAUUAGCAUGUACCUUCAUGUUUGUGUUGGUCAUGUUGAGAAGCUUUGAGGAUCUUCAGUUUGUUGGGUCUGGAAAAUUCUGUGAAUGUCCUAUAAAGAAGACAUAUAAUCACAAUUAAUUAAUACACAUUUAUGUUUUAGCAAAAAUACACACUUCAUUUGUAUUUCACAUAAUAAAUUACAAUAAAUA